AUGGAAUCUGCUGAUCCUUUUUCCACCGAUGCAUUCACAGUCUUCGUCUCUCUCACCGAAAAGAUGAUAACUCUUGACGUUGGAAGAUUUGAUACCAUUGACAAUGUCAAAGCCAAAAUCCAAGACAAGGAAGGAAUCCCCCCUGACCAACAAAGGCUGAAAUUUGCUGGCAAGCUGCAUGUUCGCACUCUUGCUGACUACAAUAUCAGAAAAGACUCCACUGUCUUCAUGGUCUUGUCAUCUGUGAUGCAGAUCUUCGUCUCUCUCACCGAAAAGAUCAUAACUCUCGAGGUUGGAAGAUUUGACACUAUUGACAAUGUCAAAGCCAAAAUCCAAGACAUGGAAGGGAUCCCCCCUGACCAGCAAAGGUUGAAAUUUGCUGGCAAGCUGCUCGAGGAUGGCCACACUCUUGCUGACUUGGGAAUCAGAAAGGACUCCACUGUCUUCGUGGUGCUUCAAGAGAAGAAAAGUCUGAUUUUUCCGAGUACUCUCAAUGGAAAGACCAUAACCCUUGAGGUUGGAAGGUUUGACACCGUUGAAGAUGUCAAAGCCAAAAUCCAAGACAAGGAUGGCAUCUUCCCGGACCAGCAAAGGCUGAUUUUUGAGGGCAAGCAGCUCGAGGAUGGGCGUGUUCUUGAUGACUACAAUAUCCAAAAUGAAUCUACUGUCUUCCUGGUUUGA